UGAACUUGCUGUCAAAAACGUGAACAUGCCUGUCAAACACUUUCAAGGAUAAUCUUAUGCUAAAGUACAGCUAAACACCAUAGAACAAAAAUAAUUAGCAUUAACAUGGGUAGGGAUUUGACAUAAUUUGUUUCAGUUCCAGUUCCAAGGAAAUCCAAAAUUUACGAAGAAACCUUCAGAUUGGCAUUGAUCACCAGCAUUGACAACUUGCUGGAAACGGUGUAAGCAUGUCCGAUGCUAUACAGUCCCACUCUCUCAAUCAUUUGACGAAGAAACUUUUUGCUGGAGGUGCUGCUGGUUGCUGUGCUAAAACUGUGGUUGCUCCUCUUGACAGAAUUAAAAUUCUGCUGCAAGCUCAUAACCACCAUUACAAACAUUUAGGUGUGAUUUCAUCAUUACGACAAGUCAAGAACAAAGAAGGUUUUUUCAGCUUGUAUAAAGGAAAUGGAGUACAUAUGCUCAGGGUGUUUCCAUAUGCUGCAAUCCAAUUCACUUCAUUUGAUCUCUUCAAGAAGGGAUUGAGACAUCUACAUGGCGAUGGUCAUGUCCAUCUAAUUAGACUGACAUCUGGUUCACUGGCAGGCCUAACGGCAGUACUGUUUACAUAUCCACUAGACGUUGUGCGGGCCAGACUAGCAUUCCAGGUGUCGGGGGAGCAUAUCUACACUGGUUUGGUGGAUGCUUUCCGCUCCAUAACGUUCCAUGAGGGCGGGGUCCCAGCUCUGUACCGAGGCAUGGUACCCACAUUACUUGGCAUGGUGCCCUAUGCUGGAAUAUCUUUCUACAGUUUUGAGACAUUAAAGGAAUUAUGUUUGAAGCAUUUUCCUCACCACUUAGCUCGCUCUAACACCAACAAUCCAGACACCCUUGUGCUUAUCACCUCAGCCAAAAUAUUAUGUGGUGGGUUUGCUGGAGCAAUGGGACAAACGUUGGCGUACCCUCUUGAUGUGGUUAGGAGGAGAGUCCAAUUGUCAAAAAUGCUCCCAGAGUCCCACAAAUACAGGAGGAGGUGGUACCAGAUACUCUUUAUGGUGUACAAAGAAGAUGGUGUAUUUCGUGGACUGUACAGAGGAAUGAGCAUAAACUAUAUGAGAGGUGUGCCCAUGUAUGCUGUGUCAUUCUCAAUGAACGAGACAUUGAAGGAGUUGUUGGGCCUGGACACAAGUUCCUGACGAGAACAGUAUUAUAUAUUUGUAUGUGCUGUUAAGGAUGUCGACCUGUUCUAGUCAUAUAUCUUAGACUAAGACAAAUGUGAAAUUUUUAUCUUCUGAAAUUUUUAGCAAAAUUUUUUAGUACAAAUUUUUGAUUGACUUUAAAAGUGUAUAUUGUGGUCCACAUAGCUGUUGACAAUCUUUGCAAAGGUGUGAAUUGUGCAUUGUGUAGUGUACCAAACUGCAGUUUUGCCAUUAUUUUUUGAUAAUAUAUAUUUUAUGAUGUAUUAUAUAAUACAUUUUCUCCGAGACAGCAUUCAGGCAAAAACUUAUUCUGACAGCAGCUACAAGCAGACAUAUUUACUCUUUUGUAUAUGAACUGGUCAGAACAUUCCUUAAACAGAACCUAGUUUCUCCACCAUUCCUUAAUUUAAGUUUUUCCAUAAGAAAGAACAUUUCUGAGUUAAGAAUAUUUCUUGUCUUUCAUUAGAAAGAAAAUUUCUGAAGUUAAGAUUAUUUCUUGUCUUUCAUUAGAAAGAAAAUUUCUGAAGUUAAGAUUAUUUCUUUAUCUUCCGUAAGAAGGAAAAUUUCUGAAGUUUGAAAUAUUUCUUUAUCGGCAGCAAUGCUUUUUCCAUUAGAACAACUUAAAAUAAGGAACAUUCCUGAGAAUAGGGCCUGGAUGUAUCAUUUAUUGAGUUGAGUUAUCACUGUGCUUACAUAAAAAUUCUAGAAUCUGUCACAUGACCAAUAUGACACAAAUAGUGUGUCGUGUUUCAUUGAAGUAUGUCCAAUUGCUACUGAAACUUGAAAAUAUUGGGUCAGAGAUUUGAUUAGAAAUCAGUCAAGCAAAUUUAAAGUCAGGAAUCAUAAAUCCAUUGUCUUCAGUCACAAUAGUUAUCCAGGUUAGAAACAUAAUGAGUGUGACUGAAGACUUUGGAUUUAUGAUUCCUGACAUAUAUAUUACAAUAUGGCUUCAUGUAUAUAUAGAGAGAGAGGGAUUUGACCAGUUCUUGUUUAAUAAUUUUGUUUGGAAAGUGUUCUUUAUUUUCCUGUAUACUUGAUUUAACAAAGGUAACCUCACUUUGGAUUUAGUCAUAUAUACUUAAAAUCAUUCUACCUUCGUAGUACCACUAUAACCAUGACAACUGCUAGAAACAUAUAUCCGGAAAUAUGAUGUUGUGUAUCGGAACUAUACAAAUGUUCUUAUACAAAAGAUACGAGUGAUGAUUGGAUUGUAUAGAAUUGAGAAAGGCAGUUUUGGUAAAGACUGCCUAAUUGAUACUGUUACUUAUCCAAGAGAUUCAUUAGAUGUAAUACACAGUAUUUCAUAUGGCCAGUGAUGGAACUAAGCAUGGACAAGUAAAUGGGAAGACUAAAGUGAAAUUCAGGAUGAUUUUUCCCUUGUAAUAUGGUCCAUAUUAUCAAUUGAUUUACAUGGUGAUGUGGGUGCUAUUAUAGUAUUCAGUACCAAUAGUUAACAAUUCAAUUUUUAUUGAAAGCUUCUUUUUCUCUUUAAUUUGUCUAAAUUACUAACCAUGUUUCUACAUUUCCCGCCAGAGCUUCAUAAAGAUUAUUUCUUUUCAUAUUCUAUACCUUCAGUAGGUACUAAGAUGUUGGUUUGGAGAGUAUGUACUUUAUUUACUUUGCAUAUUCCCUAUAUAGAGCAGAUAUGGCAUGUUAUUUUAAAGCCAUACUAACCUGGAAAAGUGUAGUUCCUUUAAAAUGGCUGCUUCUUUAUUUUUGUUUUAUUUUUUAUUCUUCUCUUAUAUAUCUAGAAAAUUUUAAAUGUGUACUAUUAACUAUGACAAAGAAAAAUGUUACAUGAACACAAUGACCAAUUAAUAUGUAUAGGUAUUUCAGAUUCAAAAAUUGAUUUUAAUACCAAAUUCAUUGUGACGAGUGUAAUGUGAACAUUUUAGUUGUAACCUUAUUUUAGCAAUUUGUGUACUAAAUUUGUUUGGUUAUGUAGGCCUAACAUUGGUUAUCUAGGCCCAAUUUUGGUUAUCUAGGGACAACUUUGGUUAUCUAGGCCCAACUUUGGUUAUCUAGGGACAACAUUGGUUAUCUAGGCCCAACUUUGGUUAUCUAGGCCCAACUUUGGUUAUCUAGGCCCAACUUUGGUUAUCUAGGGCCCAACUUUGGUUAUCUAGGCCCAACUUUGGUUAUCUAGGCCCCACUUUGGUUAUCUAGGCCCCACUUUGGUUAUCUAGGCUCAACUUUGGUUAUGUAGGCCCCACUUUGGUUAUCUAGGGACAACUUUGGUUAUCUAGGCCCAAUUUUGGUUAUCUAGGGACAACUUUGGUUAUGUAGGCCCAACAUUGGUUAUCUAGGCCCAACUUUGGUUAUCUAGGCCAAACUUUGGUUAUCUAGGGACAACUUUGGUUAUCUAGGCCCAACUUGGUUAUCUAGGGACAACUUUGGUUAUCUAGGGACAACUUUGGUUAUCUAGGGACAACAUUGGUUAUCUAGGCCCAAUUUUGGUUAUCUAGGCCCAACUUUGGUUAUCUAGGCCCAACUUUGGUUAUGUAGGCCCCACUUUGGUUAUCUAGGGACAACUUUGGUUAUCUAGGCCCAAUUUUGGUUAUCUAGGGACAACUUUGGUUAUCUAGGGACAACUUUGGUUAUGUAGGCCCAACAUUGGUUAUCUAGGCCCAACUUUGGUUAUCUAGGCCAAACUUUGGUUAUCUAGGGACAACUUUGGUUAUCUAGGCCCAACUUUGGUUAUCUAGGGACAACUUUGGUUAUCUAGGCCCAAUUUUGGUUAUCUAGGGACAACUUUGGUUAUCUAGGGACAACUUUGGUUAUCUAGGGACAACAUUGGUUAUCUAGGCCCAAUUUUGGUUAUCUAGGGACAACUUUGGUUAUCUAGGGACAACUUUGGUUAUGUAGGCCCCACUUUGGUUAUCUAGGCCCCACUUUGGUUAUCUAGGGACAACUUUGGUUAUCUAGGCCCAACUUUGGUUAUCUAGGGACAACAUUGGUUAUCUAGGCCCAACUUUGGUUAUCUAGGCCCAACUUUGGUUAUCUAGGCCCAACUUUGGUUAUGUAGGCCCAACAUUGGUUAUCUAGGCCCAACUUUGGUUAUCUAGGCCCAACUUUGGUUAUCUAGGCCCAACUUUGGUUAUCUAGGCCCAACUUUGGUUAUCUAGGCCCAACUUUGGUUAUCUAGGCCCAACUUUGGUUAUCUAGGCCCAACUUUGGUUAUGUAGGCCCAACUUUGGUUAUCUAGGGACAACUUUGGUUAUCUAGGCCCAACUUUGGUUAUGUAGGCCCCACUUUGGUUAUCUAGGGACAACUUUGGUUAUCUAGGCCCAAUUUUGGUUAUCUAGGGACAACUUUGGUUAUCUAGGGACAACUUUGGUUAUGUAGGCCCAACAUUGGUUAUCUAGGCCCAACUUUGGUUAUCUAGGCCCAACUUUGGUUAUCUAGGCCCAAUUUCGGUUAUCUAGGGACAACUUUGGUUAUCUAGGCCCAAUUUUGGUUAUCUAGGCCCAACUUUGGUUAUCUAGGCCCAACUUUGGUUAUCUAGGCCCAACUUUGGUUAUCUAGGGACAACUUUGGUUAUCUAGGCCCAACUUUGGUUAUCUAGGGACAACUUUGGUUAUCUAGGGACAACAUUGGUUAUCUAGGCCCAACUUUGGUUAUCUAGGCCCAACUUUGGUUAUCUAGGCCCCACUUUGGUUAUCUAGGCCCAACUUUGGUUAUCUAGGGACAACUUUGGUUAUCUAGGCCCAACUUUGGUUAUCUAGGAACAACUUUGUAACAACUUUGUAUUAUCUAGGAACAACUUUGGUUAUCUGGGCCCAACUUUGGUUGAAAGGUUAACACAUAACCAGUGGUUGAUGAAAUCUGUAAGUGUUUAUUUAAGAAAAUGGAGAGCUUUUGUUGAAACCUAUAGGACUGCUGUAUUUUAAGAAUUGUUUUAAUGGUUGGGUGGCAGAGUGGUAACACACUUACUUUUCACCUUGACCGGAAUUUGAUUCCCUGACUUUAAAAGGGGAUCGGAUCACCUUUCAGACCAGACCCCCAGGUUCUUCGAUCUGUUUCCUCCCACAAUAAGAACCCCUGCUCAUUUCCAUCCGGGCCAAUAAGCACGAUUAAUACAUGUUGAUAGAAUUGUUUUGUUGUAAAAUGAAUUAAGUUUUGUUAACAUUAUUGAAGUGAUUAUGAAUGUACAGGUAAUUUUUAAUAAGUUUUCUAUAAUACUAAUUUUUAAUAAGUUUUCUAUAAUACUAAUAUAUUGUUAUUUAUAUAUGGAAUGUAAAAACAUUCCUGUCCUAAUAUAUUUAAUAGUUUAUCAAUUAUUUUGAUUGGUGUGUGUUAUUUUAGGUGCGUUAUUGUGAAUGCAGUGUUUGUUUUAUUAUUCUAUAUAUACUUGUGUAUCACAGAGUGAGUUUGUAUGUUAAGCCUGGCAAUGAUUAGUGAUUGAAUCAAUUCACAGGGCCAGUAACAGUAAAGUUAUAUACCGGUACGCCUAUUAGUAUUGUCUCCAUGGUAACUUACAUUAAAAAAUGAUUGGGUAAACAUCCAGCUCUAAUAAAUGAAUUUUGAGAUAUUCUUGACCCUUUUAUGAACCCGUCAAAAAUGAAGGGAGCAUUAUGGUAUGGCAUUGUCUAUCUGUCUGGCUUAAAUCUAUCUUUGUCAAGCAAUAUCCUCCUAUAGUUUUCAACCAAUAUCUUUGAAACUUAGAAUGCAUUAGAGUCAUGAUAUAAAGUUAUAUUUCCCCAAAGAAAUUCUGAUUCAACUAUGUUUCCAAGUAUUAUUGCAGUCGAUUUCUGAUGUUGAAGACUUGAGUACUUGUUUUCCUAAAGCUUAGAAUUAGAUAUUGACUUAAUUAGUAGGAAAGUGAAACGUGAAAUUCAUAGCAUGCCAGAUAGCCACUCUUAAGGUGAUGCAAAUUAUAUUUGAAUACAAGAUAGUAUAUAACAAUAUGUGGCAUUUGACGGGGGUAUAUUGUUCACCGCAUUAACAAUAUGUGGCAUUCGACAGGCGUAUAUUGUUCACCGCAUUAACAAUAUGUGGCAUUCGACGGGGGUAUAUUGUUCACCGCAUUAACAAUAUGUGGCAUUCGACAGGCGUAUAUUGUUCACCGCAUUAACAAUAUGUGGCAUUCGACGGGCGUAUAUUGUUCCCCUCCCGCAGUGCUCUUAUUGAUAAAUUGGUUGAAAUCCCUACUAUAUUUAAAAUUUUGUCAAUUUCUGUUAUCAUCCAACUGAAAUCAUACUUAGACUAUGGUUAUGAGACAGAUUUAUUCAGAUUUGGUCUCGGGUAAGUUAAAUAAGAUAUAGAUAGUGAAAACAAAAAACAGUAUCAGGUAUCAGAUAGACCUGAUCGAUGAGUGGUUAAGGUGUCCCGACACUUUAUCGCAGCCCUCCACCUCUCGGUUGCAAGUUUGAAACCCAUGACGGGCAGUUACCUGGUACUGACCAUAGGUCCAUGGUCCAGGUAAUCCUGCUUUCCUCCACCUCCAAAACCUGGCACAUCCUUAAAUGACCCUGGCUGUUAGUAGGACGUUAAACAAAAUAAACCAAACCAAACCUAUCAAGUCGUUAAAUUGUUAAUACCUGUACAAUUUCAGUUCACUGGUUUACUGAUUAUUACCUUAAUUAACAAUAAAGAGACAACCAAUUUCUCCUAUCCUUCUUCAUCUAAAACAAACCUGUAUAAUCUCUUUUUCACUUUUUCAUUUAUCUGACCCAAUCAUUUUGAUUGAUUGUAACAGAAAAAGAAAAUGAGGGGCACAGAUUAGCAGCUUGGUUUCCAGAUGGAAACAAAUUGUCCAUUACUACAGAAGCCAUGCCUGGCUGCAACUACAGUUAUCUUUUAUAUAUAAUGUUUUGCAGUGUUUCACAUUAAGGGUUAGGUGUUUACCUGGGUACAUGUAUAUAUUUGAAUGUUAUGAAAUUUUGUACACAAAAAAUGAGGCACGUAGAGUAACUGCAUGGUAUCAUGCUUUUUAUUUGAGAGAAUAGUUAAACAACACUUCCUGCCUAUUAAGUUGGCACACUUUCAUGUGUAUGUUCCUGUGUCACGAAAAAAUAAGAUUUUUUUUUCUGUCCAAAAUGGUUUGUUUGGUUAAUUAUGUAGACUAUGUAUAUUUAUGAUUUGAUAUGACUCAUGUGAAAGGUACACAGGGUUUCACUAACUGAUAACACUCAGUCAUGUCUUGUUAAUGAUUUCAAAUUAAACUCUUAACACCAUAGUAAUAAGUAAUUUAUUGAAAUCAGGGUAAAAGAUUUUUAAAAGUUGCUAUAGCUGUCACUUUUUUGAUUAACCAUCAAAUUUCUUUGAAAAAAAUAGGAUUGUUUGGAUUGUAAAACUAUAGUUGGACAGUUGUCUACAAAAAGGGGAGUGGCAGAUAACAUUCUACAAAAAGGGAAGUGGCAGAUAACAUUCAUACAUGUCCAUAAAAAUAUGUCAUAAUAAUAUCCAAGUGUUUUCUUAAUUCCUAGUUGUGUUUAUUGACAAAGUCUUAUUGUCAACUUUCCUAAUUUGCUUCUAAAGUUUGUGCAGGUGUAAGACAGCAAAUAGGGUUUUAGACAUAAAACUAUACAGCUGACAUGAUGUGUAUACCAGUUUCAUAUGGCGUAACAUGGAAAUUAUGGAUGGAUUCCCAAUGAUUUAAUUACUUUGUCAUGAUUGUCUUUUUAUUAGAUGUAUUAUGACUUAAAAAUAGAUUAACUGUGUAAGAAGUAUAUACAUAGCACUGUAUUAUUAUGAAAUGCUUAAAUUUUUCCUGACAUUUGGUUGUAAGUUGGCCAUGAAAAUUAUGCAUGUCUACCAUAGUGAAAUAAAAUUCACCUGCACAGCAAAUACAUAGGUAAAGUAAGGUAUUUUACAUGCAGAAAGCAAAUUAGGUAAUAACCUGUCUGUAUAGAAAUAAAAACACGGUGACAAGUGACAGUGGUAUGAUACAAAUGAUAGUUUUAUGUUAAUUUUAAACUCACGUUUUGUUGAGCUUAUGUUGAGAACAAUAUUUCAUUAUUCUUAAAUUUUCUUUUUCUUUUUUUUUAUCUUAUUGCAUUUAAAAAUGGAAUACAAUCAUAAUUUUCCAAACUUCUGUUGCUACAGACUUGAUGCUUUUAUAAAACAAAUUGGCUGUAAUGUACUUAUUUUCAGUUUACUGGUAAAGGUUUUAUGUAAGCUUAUAUACAAAUAAUUGAAAUAUUGAGCAAGUUACUGACCAUGAAUUGACCUGAUUGAAAUACCUCCUUAUAUGCCAUAUUUGUGUGAUAUUAUUCACGACUGCCAAUAAUAAUGCAUUUCAAGGUCAAAAUAAAAUUAGUGUUUAUACAUAUUAUAAAGUCAAAUCCAAUGCUCCUUUUUUGUGCUUUAAACACUCGCGAGUAAUAUAUGUGAUACAAAUGAGCUAAUUAUGUCCCUCUGAAACAUGCAUUUUUCGUAGGUUUUGUUAAUACUUACAAACAGCUUAACAAAUUACAUAUCAACAGCAAGUCCCACGGUUUGACAUAAUACAUACUAAACGUUCAUCAUGUUACUUCUGUUAAUUACACCAUAGGAGGAAUUUAUAGCCUUGUAGAAUAUCACUGCUUUGACUGGAUUUGCUGUUUAGAUGCCCCUUAAGAAGUAAAUGAAUUACCUGUGAUGUAAUAUGCAUCAUCUGCAGGCAUAUUAAUGUAAUUGGUAUUUGAUAUUUUGUCCCAAUUUAAUCUCCUUGAGUAAGUCUCUUGAUAGUUUCUGUACAGACUGCUACAGUUUAGGUCCAAUUGUUGUUAAACUUGUAGAUACUAGAGUAGUUUAAUUGAUGCAGGAUGAAGUGUAAGUUUUUUUUUCUGUCUAAAUUUUAGACUGCACUAAAAUUAUAGCACAGUGUCUUUCUCUUUUGUAUACUUCAAGAAAUGAAUGUUGAAUUAGCAGUUUAGUGUAGUUCCCCUUGACAGUAUUUGAAGAAGAAAAAAACUAGUUUGCACUGUUGUCUCUCUUACAAUUUAAGUAUUAACACUGUUUGUCAGUGUAAAUGACUUACUUACUUUUACAAGUUGGAUUCAAAAUUAUAUAUCUGAACCUUUUCUCAUUGCCUUAGUAAUACUUGUUCAUUUGUCUAAAAAGAUUUUCUGUACAUUAUCAGACACAAAAACCUUUCAAAUCCAACAACAUUUAUUGGCAAAUUCACGUCAUUUAUUUAUUUGUUUUUACUUAGAUAUGUUUAUUUUUUCUACAAGAGUUUUAUUUCUUUACAGUCAUCUACAGGAAGUAAAGAUAAUCAUGUACCAGAAAUAGAACUCAGGGUAAUUGUGGUGUAUUGGGUUAUGUACCAGUGUAGUUAGUAUAGCUACUCAGUAUACUGAAAUUGUGGUGUAUUGGGUUAUGUACCAGUGAAGUUAGUAUAGCUACUCAGUAUACUGAAAUUGUGGGGUAUUGGGUUAUGUACCAGUGUAGUUAGGUCCUCAGUUUACUGAAAUGUCAUACUCUGAUCUUUUAUUAUAGCACAAUGGCUGUAGAGUUAACAUGAUAUGCAUAAUAAAAAGAAAGGACUUAUUUUACUAUUUCUUGGAAUUUCCAUUGUGAAGAUUUCAAUUACCCGGGGUAUUUAGUAUGAUAUAUAAGGUAUAUAUAUAUAUUACAUUCAACUUUUCAAGCUGAAAGAUGUGUAUAAUAGACUUCCUCCAGACAAAAAUUUAUACCUUUUAACUUGUCUUUUUCAGCUUUAAGUUUAUUUUAAAAACUUUUUCUCUUGGGCAAAUUUUAUUUUUAAUAUUAUGAAGAAAACUUUAGUUUAUAAUUUUAUAAUUGAUAAUUAUUUUGUUUUUAAUUCAGGGUAAAAAUUGUGAGUCCUGCUCCAAAACAAGGACAUUGACACUCAGACACAAAAAAAACAUUAUGGACAUCAAUGAUUUUUGAAAUACAUGUUGAUAUGACUGAAAGUUUACUGAUAUGUUUUCUGAAAGAAAUAAACAAAAGAUGUGUUUAAUAUAAAAAAAAAUGUCUUCAGAACUGAAAACAUCAUUUCAGUAUAAAAUGAAAUUACUUACCAUUGUAGUGUUCCUGGGUAUAAUUUAUAUUCAUGUUGAUGUUCACACAAGGAAUCAUGAAAAGUGCCACGUCAAUAAGUUCAAAAACUAUCUAUACAUCAUAUUUGUUAUAUUACAAUUUUUUUUAGUUGUUUUAAGUUUUUUAAAUGUCCCUACCCACACAGGUUGAGGUUCAGCCCUUGAAGAGUGUCCCUGAUGACAAAUUUGCUUUAAUUAAUAUGCUUUUAACAAUCAAGCCCAAGUUAACGACAUGGGCCCAAUUGACCCCUUAAGCUUGUUUCUCUGCUUAUAAUUGUUUGAAGGCUGUGAGUAAUUAAGAAGAACCGGUUAUUGUUUUUAUACAUCACUGUAUUUAAUUGUGUAGGAGAACUAUGUAUGUUUUAUAAAUUUCUGUGUAAGAUAUGAAGAUGUUUUACUUGUUUAAGUUAUUAAAUUGUCAGUUAUUUGAUAAUUCACAUGAAAAGAAAACUUGAAUUACUGCCACAUUUAAUGAAAUAGAUUAAAACUAGAUUUUGAUUUUUACCCAGUACUACAUGCUUGAUACUGUAUUAAAUUAGGGUCUGAUUUUAAUUACACUGAUCAUAAAUCUUCAAGAUCAUUGAAAUUUUUUAUAAAUGAAUUUGUCAAACAAUGUCAUGUCUUCUGUUUUCAUGUAAAUUGGAGAUAAGUAUGUGUAUGUAUGUGUUGUCCCACUUCAAUCACUAUUACAAAUAUAUGGAAGUUUACCUGUUACAUUCAAGAGUCUGUUUUGCUGAAAAACUUAAUCGAAUGCCAGUAGUUAUUUAAAACAUGUGGCAAUAUACAUGUAUGAUUAACUGGUAGUAUUGUUUUCAGAUGUGUAUGCCGGGACAUCCUUUUAUCUUUAAUCAUUAAAAAUUCACAUACAGACAUGUAUUCAAGAAGUAUCAGAAAUAUCACUAUGUUAUCUGAUAAUUUCAAAGUCGGGUCACAACAACAAAACCUACUCUCAGUAUUGGUGUGUCAGAACUCCACUUCAGGCCCAUAGGACUCUUGUUUACAAAUGUUUUCUAUUCUCGAAAAUAGUAAAAAGUUAAACUCCUCUUUUGAUACAUUUCUAAUAUCCUGUGAUUGACUGCCAGUGGACUGUGUAACUUUAUACUGCUAAUGUAAAGUUGUCAUUUGUAUGUCUAACUUUAUCCCAUGGCUUGAUGGUAACAAUGGCUUGAUGGUAACCAUGGCGCUUGAUGGUAACCAUGGCUUGAUGGUUACCAUGGCUUGAUGGUAACCAUGACUUGAUGGUUACCAUGACUUGAUGGUUACCAUGACUUGAUGGUUACCAUGGCUUGAUGGUUACCAUGACUUGAUGGUUACCAUGGCUUGAUGGUAACCAUACAGUUGAUCACAUGUAUCUGUCACAAUUUGUGUUUUUCAAUUGUUGGCUGCUAUAUACAUUUUACAUAAAUAUAACGGGAAACCCUUUAGGAAAUAAGAAGUGACCGACGUAUGUAGCUGAUUCUAAAUACCUCUUGUUCAAUGCACACCAGAAUGUUUUCUGAAAUAUUGAGGUUACUUUUCAAAAUCUCAUCAGCAUAAUUAUUUUAUGAUGAUUUUUAUAUGACUAAAGUAUAUUAAGAAGGUAACAACAUUUUUUUUUCAAGAAAAAAAAUUUAAACUGUAACUUAUCUUUAUGUUUUAAGAUUUCUAGUGUUGUUUUUUAAAAUAUGUAUUUGUUAUAUAUUUGAAAUGACAAUUUAAUGCAUCUUGAUUAACAGUUUCCAUUCUUUUCAAAAUGAGAAAUAUGACAGACUUGUUGGAUUUAGACACAGGAAUGAGUAAAAUGAAAAGAUUUACGGUAUUAAGUGAUUAGAAGGAUCCAAAGUAUAGUUUUGCAUGUGAAUUUUAUACGAUGAUAAUGCAGCUUGAAGGUCCUAAAUAAACUUUGGAGAGCUUUUAUUUAGAUGAAGAUUAUAGAGACAAGUGCUUUGUCAUAAAAUAGCGAAGCUUUCAAUUCAAUUCAUUUUAUUGACUUUAAGCUUUACAGCUCAUCAGUACAUGUAACAUAUAUACAAUACAAUAAAUCUGAUCCUGAUAAUACAAUGUACUAGUAUGUUGAAAUUUUAGUCUAAAAAACCUGACUUUUACAUUUUAUUCCUCUCAUACAAACUAUCCUCUCUAAUGGUAACUAUCCAGUCAUAUCACUUCUUAUGUGGAUGUAAAACUUUUGGAUUUUGUAUUGGUGUAAUUUCUACAAAAAACAAUGUAAUUAACUGUUCUACAAUAAACAUGUCUUUGCCAUUUUAAA